GGUCCCAUCACUAGGCUCAAUCCGCCGGAGUUACACGUCAACGACCCUGCAUUCCGCGAUAAACUGUGUACCAAUCCACCCCACAAGAGCAACAAGUACCAGUGGUGGGCGAACCUGGUUUCCCGUGUCCAGCUCCGGCUUCAGCACCAUUCCUCAAGAUUCACAUCGUCUGCGCCGAAGUGGGUUGGAUGCCUGUUUCUCAAAGAUGACCAUGUGUCAACUUGAGCCUAUGAUAACCAUGAUAACAGAACGGUUGGGAACGUUCUCCAGACGCCCCACCGAGGCCAUUUGCUGGCGGUUUCCAUGGAUGGUGUCCUUGAUGAAGAGUAUGCCGCAAGACGUCGUAGCCAAGAAGAAUUUGGAGGUUGGGCUAGGUGCUGUGAGUGAGACUACCGCAGCGAUCCCGUCAAGAAUAUUUUUCUACCUGAUUGACAUGCCCUCGAAUCUGGAGAAGAGCGUGCGGAACUGGCGUCGCUGAUUUCAUCUUCUAGUUCACCGAUACAGAAUCUUUCAGAGAUAGAGCCACUUCCUCUCAUACCAGCCUUCAUCAGCGGAGGAUUGCGCAUCAGCUAUGGUGUCGCCGCUCGGACACCACGCAUAGAGCCAGUGAGAUACUACGUUAUGGCGGCCUCACCAACCCACCAGGCACACUGACAUCAAUGGCUAACGCUCUUGUCUCGAUCGAUUUAGACAUCUUCCCUGACGUCGAACGCUCGAGCCGCGACGUUGGCUGCAUAACACAGAUAACCAAAAUCUCGACAAGCAUCAAGUUGCCAAAGGUUCCCGUCAAUGUCUAGGUAUGAAUCUAACGUACGCCGGGAUGUGCCUUGCCAUGACUUUGAGGUCAGGCUUGAAUUCUGAUCUUGUCGAGACUAGAGUAGAGGGCGUGAGGUGGAGGCACGGCUUGUUCAUGGGUUCCCGGAAAGAGGAAAGGGACCCAAGGAUAAAUCGAGAU